UGUAUAAUUGGGAAAUUAGUUGAAUGCGGCUGCUCAAAUAUGCUUGACUUAUUGGGAUUUCCCAUAGCUUAUUGUAGGCAUAGUUCAAUUUGUUCCUGUCUUACCACAGAGGUAAGGCAUUUUGAUGUUCUCCUCCCUGGGUCCUUCCGAGAAAGUCUCUGUAAAGGCAUCCAAGCUGCCAGAGAAGCAGUUCUUCCAAAAGAAUACGAAACAAAGUCCACACUAAAAAACCACGAUGACCACUGUAGCCAUGGUCAAAAAUGUCAACGGUGAAAAUAUCUCAGCUGCUGCUGUUAAAACUGUGCCAUGCCACGUGGAUUCUGAGUUCAGAUACACCCUGUUUACUGUUUACUAUAGCAUCAUCUUCAUUCUAGGCUUUGUUGCUAACAUAUAUGUACUGUGGCUUUUCACUCGUGUUUAUGCUACAAAGAAACUGAAUGAAAUCAAAAUAUUCAUGGUGAAUUUGACAACGGCGGACCUCCUCUUCCUGGCCACGUUGCCAAUGUGGAUUGUGUAUUACCACCACAGAGGGGAUUGGAUCAUGUUCCCCUUUUUGUGCAAUGUGGCUGGUUACUUUUUCUUUGUGAACACGUACUGCUCUGUUGCCUUUCUGGGAGUCAUAACGUACAAUCGCUUCCAAGCAGUCACAAGGCCCAUAUCAACGGCUCAGUCCAGCACACGAAGAAGGGGCAUCUAUGUGACUGUAGCUAUCUGGCUCCUGAUAGCAGGGCCAUCUAUGUACUUCCUCUAUGAUGGUGGCCCUAUCAAGGAGGGGAAUUUUACUCGCUGUUUUGAGCGCUAUGACACCCAAACUGAUACUACUCCUGUUUUUAUCUUUCAUGUAAUCAUUUGUGUUUGUUUCUUUAUCACUUUUUUAAUUGUCCUGGUGUGCAAUGCAUGUAUUAUCCGGGCAUUACUCUCCCAACCACUGCAAGAGCGGAAGAGCAGUGUCAGGCAACGCGCUCUCUGGCUGGUGUGCACAGUCUUGACUGUCUUCAUUCUCUGCUUUGUACCUCAUCACAUUGUGGACUUACCAUGGACCCUGAUGGUUCUGGGCAAAUGGGAGAUCAACUGCCGGAACAAAAGGUUGCUGAAUGAUAUACACCAAGUGACCCUCUUCCUCCUGGGUGCCAACUGUGUUCUGGAUCCUAUCAUCUACUGCUUUCUCACCAAAAAAUUUAGGAAGCACCUUUCUGACAAUUUGAAAACCAUAAAGGACAGCCGCAAGUGUUCCAGGCAAACGACUGAGACAGGAGUAGAUGGGAUGAUGCCUUUGCAAGAAUGCCCUCACAUCUUAAUGAAGUCUUAAGUCGCAGAGGCCUAUGGUUUUCUAUUGUACUUACAUAAAAUCCAAGAUCAGGCUGGUGGCAGGCAAAAGCUUUCCACAUUUCAAAACAUGCCUGGCAAAUAAAUUAACAUUUCUAGCAUGCUUCUGCUACAACUUCAGGAAUAGAAUGAUUAAGACUGAUUAAGCAUCCUAUUUCCAAAAGAAGAUGGAAUAACCCAUGCAAAUUUACCUUGCUAUUGUUGUGAAAGGAAAUGACUAGAACUCUUUUAUGGUAUCUUUCUAAAAGGUUCAUUGUCCUGUAGCUAAUUUACAAUUCUACUUUGACUGGAGAGGGCACUGUGGAGUCCCUGCCAAUCACUGGAGUAGAUAGAAAACAGUGCUAUCUGGUAGAACAGGCACGGGCAAACUUUUUAACUUGGGGGCCCGCAUGGCAGGCCAGAGUGGGGUGGCCGGACCAAGGUUCUCCCCAAGCCCCCUCCCUGCCUUUUCCUCCGUUUCUCUUCUCUCUCGGAGACAAAAAAUUAAGGAAAGACAGGAAAUGUUUGGACCCCAAAAGGGUUAGCCUUGGUCAGGAUGAGAUGGAUAGGAGAGAAAAAAGUGUAUCCAUCAGACCCUGUAUUGCCUACUCCUGAUAUAGAAUCCUAGAGCUGGAAGAGACCCCCAAGGACCAUCCAAUCCAACCCCCUGCCAUGCAAGGAGGCACAAUCAAGGCAUUCCCUAUAGACAGCCUCUGUGGAAAAGUCUUCAGAAGAGACUCCGUCACACUCCGAGGCAGCCUAUGCCACUCUCCAACAGCUCUUAAUCUCAGGACGUUCUUCCUAAUCUUUUCACCUGCCAUUUGAAGCCAUUGCUCCCUUGUGUCCUCAUCUCUAGAGCAGUAGAAAAUCAGUUUCCCCCCUCCCUCUUUAAUGAGGCACUGUUUGAGAUUUUGGAACAUGGCUCUCAUGUUCUCCCUCUACCUUCUCUUCUCCCAGCUGAACAUCUUCCAAGAGGAAAGGAGGAAGGAAAAAGAGAAGGAGGGAAGUAAGAAAGGGAGGAAGAGGAGGAUGGAUGGAUGGAAGGGAAGGAAGGAAAGAAAGGAAGGAAGGAAAGUCAAAAGGGAAGGAAGGAAGCAAGGGAGGGAGGGAGGAGAAAGAGAGAUUUGGAAAGAGGAAGGAAAGAGGGAAGGAAGGAGAAAGAGGAAGAUAAGGAAGGGAAGGAGGAAGGAAAGACAGAAGGAAGAAUAAGAUGGUGAGAGAGUGGGGGCUUUGAAAAGAGCCCAAGGGGCCACAUCCAGCCCUCGGGCCUGUUCGUACCUGUGAUAGAGGGAGACUGUGUAUCAAAUAUUUGGAUAUCGCUGGUUUUGUGAGGAGAUAAGGAUGGACACAAACUGCUACACACAAAGGGCUUAUCUAUAUCUAUCAUUCCCUUUUCUGAUGGCAAACUUGAGUCACGGGGAUUGAGGUGAGAAAGCCAGUACAGGACAUCUCUGCUUUCAUUCAACAGAAACUAGCUGUGUUAUGAUAGUCCCACACUAUGGUGGAAAAUAAUAAUAAAAUCUAUAUACCUA